AUGUCCCAACCGACUUCUCCUGUUCUUUUCAACUCUGUUUUCUCGCAUGCGGACUACUUCUCAACUGGUGGUGAACGACCUCCAAUAUUCACAUUGAGUCUCACAACGUCUCCUACGUCAUCCUCUUCAGCAUCGCAGAUCCCUUCAACACCAGAUAGAGGAAGAUCGUCUUCUCCCCUUCCAACAGACGACACUAGGCCACCCGUUGAGCUGCGACUGGGAUCGCCUCAAGUUCUCUCUUCUCCAAGAUUAAGCGUGAAGAAAGAAAGCAGUGCCGCUCGAAAAUCAGUCCAAUUCGGAAGUGAGAAGAAUUCGGGUUCCGUGAAUUGGGCUAGACCACUCAGGGUAGAGAAAGAUCCAAUUGCUUCAAUGCGAAUAUUCGGUGCAUCUCUGCAAAGAAGUAGAAGAUUGAAUCGAUCACCUGCUCCAUCUCCAUCUUCAUCAGAUGAUGAGCCUUUGACCCCUAGUCCAGUCACUCCUUCGUCAGACGAUAACGUUCAAAUUCCUCUGAGAGGAUGGAGCGUCUUCUCUUCGGCGAAAGGCUUGGGUGUGAGUGGAGUAGCGGAAUGGGAUACCCCAAUCACACAAUCAAGGGAAUCAGCUCUUGAAACAAUUCCUGAUUUUACUUUUGAACCACUUGAUCUGUGUUCUUCCUCAUCGUCGACAACUCCGCCAAAGAGCUCAGUCGGACUACCUAGAUCAAUAUCGAAACCUCUAUUGAGACAAACUCCACCAACACAGAUCACAAUUUCCAAUCCUCGCAUGUUGGCUACGUCGCAAUCCUUAAAUUCAUUUUCUUCUCCUUCCAAUCUUCAAGAACUGAGAAAUCUACGACAAGCUGCUACUGUACUUGAAACCGAAGCUAGACGACCCAUAAGACCUUUGGCACCUAAUUCGUCCAAAGAUGUACCAAGAGAACGGAGAAUCAAAAGAAAAGCUGUACCUAGUAUAGCCGAAUCUGAUAUAAUCGAUUUAUAUUCUUCACCUUCUUCCACACUUGCUACUCCAAUUUCUUCAACCUAUAUCUCAUCUUCUCCGGAUAGUGAUAUAACGUCUUCCUCGUCCUCCUCUACAUCUUCAUCAUCUAGAUCGGAUGAUGAUCCAAGAAGAAGAAAUUCCUGCGUUGAUCAAAUAAUAGUACCUAGACAAUUACCAGGAAUGGGAAAUUCGAUCUUCAAUAGGCAAAGACAGUUAUAUCAAAAUCAUUUAGCCACAAGAUCAGUUGUUGAAAUCUCACCUAGAAUGAAAUCUACUCCAAAUAUCUCAAUACCACCAAGAAUCGCAUCAUUAUCAUCAUCUUCAUCAUUAGCAUCUUCAUCAAGAACUGCUAUCGGAUCAUUAGAAGAAAGUGCGAAUAUAUCAUCAGCGUCUUCAAUCUCUGAACAACCACUCACACCAACUUCUGCUUUAAGUGCAAGUCAGACUGAGUAUUUCUUAUCUUCGGUUGAGAGCGCUUUCAAAAAAUUGGAAUUUGAAAGAGCUGAAAUGCACCAAAGUAAAGAAACUCACUCAAAACAUAAAAGAGCUUUUUCGAGAUUUUUGGGUAAAAAAACACCCACAUCCAUCGUUACAGGAAUAUGA